GAAGAACUCUGGUGUUGGGAGGGAAGAGCUCGCCGAUAUAACCCUAAUAGAGAAUGGAGCAGGCUUUGUUGACGAGGCUGGAGUCCGCGGUGGCGCGGCUUGAGACCCUCGCCGCCUCGGGAUCCGCCCCGUUGGUAUCGUCGAGGGAUCUCCCCGACCCCUCGGCCCUGGAUCCGGCUAUCUCGGCCUUCGAAGACCUGGUCGCCGACUCCCUUGGCCGGGUCUCAGCCUCUGCAGGGAAAAUCGGAGGGCAGGUCCUCGACGCGACGAAGAUACUGGAGGAGGCGUUUGCCGCGCUCAGGGAGCUUCUCGUCAAGGCCAAACGAUCCCAGAAGCCAGACCUUGCUGGUUUAGCAGCAUUUUUAAAGCCGCUGAAUAAUGUGAUGGUCAAAGCAAAUUCCCUGACAGAAGGAAAGCGAUCUGACUAUUUCAACCACUUGAAGACAGUUGCUGACAGUCUAACAGCUCUGGCUUGGAUAGGUUACUCAGGAAAAAAUUGUGGAAUGAGCAUGCCAAUUGCACAUGUGGAAGAAAGUUGGCAGAUGGCUGAAUUCUACAGCAACAAGAUUCUGGUGGAGUACAGAAAUAAGAAUCCAGAUCACAUAGAAUGGGUAAAAGCCUUGAAGGAGUUAUACGUACCAGGGUUACGAGACUAUGUCAAAAGAUUUUAUCCAACAGGUCUUGCUUGGGGUUCUGUUAAUUCUGCAUCCUUGUACUCUACUUCCAUCACAAAAGCUCCUACAGCAAGCAUCCCUGCUUCACCUCCUCCUCCCAAAGCACCACUUUGUAGCACAGAAUCUGUACCAUCACGUCCUAAAGAAGGAAUGUCAGCUGUCUUUGAAGAGAUCAGCUCUGGAAAAUCAGUAACUGCUGGUCUGAGGAAAGUUACAGAUGACAUGAAGACCAAAAAUAGAGUUGACAGAAGUGGUGCUGUAGCUGCAACUGAAAAACGUGGUCACACCAGUUCCUUUUCAAAUAAUUCUAAGGCAUCUCCCAAAUUUGAGCUUCAAAUGGGUCGAAAAUGGUCAGUUGAAAAUCAGAUUGGAAAUAAAAACUUGAUCAUAGAUGACUGCGACUCAAAGCAGUCUGUAUAUAUAUUUGGGUGCAAGGAUUCUGUUUUACAAGUCAAAGGAAAAGUGAACAACAUAACUCUUGAUAAAUGCACCAAAGUGGGGAUUGUGUUUAUGGAUGUUGUAGCAGCUUGUGAAAUUGUGAAUUGCAAUGGUGUUGAAGUCCAAUGUCAGGGUUCAGCACCAACAGUAUCAAUAGACAAUACUUCUGGCUGCCAGUUGUAUCUAAGCAAUGAUUCACUCGGGACUUCUAUAACCACAGCUAAAUCGAGUGAAAUUAACAUAUUAAUUCCUGGUGCUGGCCCUGACAGUGACUGGGUUGAGCAUUCACUACCACAGCAGUACCUCCACAAUUUCAAAAAUGGUGAGUUCACAACGGCGCCGGUCUCUCACUCCGGAGCGUAGAAAUUCUUGUCAACAAUUUUUUUUCGAGUUGAAGGUGUUUUGAUCUUAAAACUUUUGGAAGGUCAUUCUUCUGUAAGUUCCCUUUGAUCCUUGUUGUCUUCACAGGCUAAGCUUGUAUUAUGCCAUGUUGUAUUUGUCAUGGUGGUGUUUUCUUUCUUGAGGUGCAGUGUCUCUUCAGCUGCUGCCGCAGCUGCUACUUCUUCAAUCUAUUAUAUAAAUUGAGAAUUUGAUUUUAUUGGGAAUAGCACAUUUGUUGCUUUC